AUGGUUCUUCUACCUAAGAUCCAAGAAGCGGCCAUUGUGGAUAACUUAAAAAAGCGUUACAUGGAUGAUCUUAUUUUCGUAUCCUUUUUCAAUACUGCUAAACUUUAUCCUUGCAAUGCGGUGUGCGGCGAAGCUGGCAUGAACUUCACCUUGUGUAUCUUGUCCUAACACCUUAGGCAUAUUUUUAGAAACUGCGUACAGUCUUUCUUUUUCGUUUUAAUAUGAGCUUAAAAUUCGCUCAUAUUCUUUAGCACAAGAUAUCAUUGAUAGUUUAAUCUAGGAUUUCAAUAAGUAACCUUAAUGUGAGCUCAAAUGUGGUGGUUUUCCGUGGGUUUUGUUUGUGAAGCUUAAGCCAGCUGAAUAAGACAAAGAAGACUUCAAUAUUAUGCAGGGCUGACCGCUAAAAUAAUCGCACACUGUUAAGCAGGAGAUAAGUUUACCUUUCUUAUAUUAAAGCCUGUCUUAAUGUUCCUAAAGUUUAUUUUCGUGUAUUAAAGUGGGAUUAUAAUUUGAGCUUUUUCUCAGCGGGGCGUCUUUCAAACAGAGGUGGUUUACUUUGUAGCUGUAAACUUCCUAAAUUGAAGCUUAUUUGACAACAGCUGACUCCUAGUUAGUUUUUUUACAUCACUAUUCAUAAAAGUUUAGUGGCAUAUGAAAAGCAAUUCAUGUGCCACUCAAUUGAGAUGGAUAGUGAAUAAACUUCAUCUUGACCUAACAAUCUACAUGUAAAAUUCACUGAAAAUUUCUUUUCUCACACAUGUAGGCUUAAAUAAAUAGAAACAUGUAAAAUUGUUAUACAUAGUUUAUUAUUUGAGGAAGUUAAGAAAAAGGCAGCCAAAGGCUAAUAGUUCUUUUAUAUGGAUUUUUAACUGCUUUAUAUUUAUAUAUUUAUUAUUUUAUUUAUUGCAAUUAUUAAGGGCAAAUAAAAAAUGUUGAUAGUGUGUGUGAAAAAUGUAGUUAAAAUACUAUCAUUUCUAUACUUAGUCUGUUGGCUACAGAGGCUGUCAUUUUCCACUUGAGCAGUCAUCUGAAACAAUCUUCACCAGAAUGAUUUAGUCGAAAGGAAUGUUGUCCCAUCACCUGGUCCAGCACUUGCCUGGGCAACUACAUUCUUGGACAUUUACAGGUCUUAGCAUGAAUUGCAGUGCAAGUCCUAGGUGACUAGUAAGGUAUUUAAACAUACCAUACACAGGAUUUCUCCAGAGGUGGUUACCCUCUUACUGCUAGUUUGCACUUCUUGGUGGUAGUAAGCCGAUCGUCAUUCUCUCUAUGGUCAUUGCUAAAGAGAAGAACUUAAUUUAACCCUUUCAGCCCAAAUAUCCACAUGAAAAUUCUCCAGACUGAUUUCCAUACAUUUCCUUAAAGAAUUGGUUGAGAGAGUUUAUUAAAAGAUCAAAACAUUUUCUCUUUUGUAAUCAUUUGAUCAAUUUUUGUAACCCUUUUCUCCAGAUUAUGUAUGGAUAUUGUUAGGAGAAAACUGACGUUUGGUCACUCAUGGGGCAAAAGGGUUAAAGUAAUGAGUAUUUAAUUAUUUCAAGUGGUGUAAUUAUACAAGGAAGCAGGUUAUUUUACAUUUAAGCUGUAAUUCAUACCUUGAUAGCUUAUACACUAAUAACUGUUCAAUUUGAAGUACUUAGUUAAAUAAAACAUGAUAUGAAGUUGUUUUGUACACUUAACCUGUCCAACGUACAGACAUACAUUGGUCCUGUCUUGAUCUCUGUCAACCCAUUUAAACAGAUGCCAUACUUCACUGAUAAAGAAGUUGACAUGUACCAAGGAGCUGUAAGUGGAUAUAAUUAUUGAGCCAAAAACUGAUGCAAACUACAGCCCAAGUUUUCUCUGUAGCAGAGAAUGCUGAAUUAGCGGAAGGGUGUAACCUAAAGAAUUUUUUAUAGGGAGGCUUGACUUUAAGUUCCAACCCCUUAGUGAUUUAUCUAUGACCAUUUAUGACCGAAAAAGUACCCCUUUUGUAUACCUUUGGUUGAAAGUUGGCACAAUUUUUUCAUUCUAGCCUACUCUAAAAGGUUAGGGUUAGAAUCUAACACAAAGCCAAUAAGUUUAAUAAUAACUGCUGUAACUGGCCGUCUCAAGAAUAACUUGCUAAAACGGGAAGUCUUCUUGUCAUUUUCAUUGAUCAUGUGUUUAUAAAUGAAAAAUUAUGAUACUGCCAAAAUAUGCACCAGUUCAAAAAAGAUCCUUUUAAGUACCUAAAUGGCAAAUUUCUGAUCCUAAUCUUUUAUAACUUCAGCUCUUGAUGUCACUACCUUCUUUCAGUCAAAUCCAACUAGUGGUCUAUUAUCAAUUCUGCAUUCUGAUUGGUUGAGCUAAUACUAGGCUAUAUGUUAUAGCCCACUAGUAGCGAAAAUGCUUUUUGGUGACAAAAAGGGAUUUAAGUCUAGCUUUUAACUACCUAAAUUUUUUUUAUUCUCGAUAUUUUUGACCAACUAGUUGGAUUUUACUAAAACAAUUAUUCCUCUCGCCCUCAUGGCCUCUGAGUUGGCCUCAUGGGCUAUUGACUCAGAGCCCAUUCGGGUUCAAGGAAUAAUAAUAUCGUUAAAUAUUUCUGAAAAUUAAAAAAGGUCAUUGGCCAUUUUAGUAAGUAUCCCCAUUGGGUUUAGUGGCUUGUGGCAGCUAAUUUCUUAUUAGUUUGAUGAUGAGAAGAACAGUACUGAUCUAUAAUGUAUCUUUGGGCAAAAUGUAAACAAACAGUCGUGAGAAACAUUGCCACUCAAAUGAAGUACUUUUCCCACAAUACAAUAAUUUGUUAAAUUUGUAUACUAUCAUCAUGAUGGUAUGUUAUAUUGUGCUUAUUAUUUCAACUCACAAUAAGUUAAAGAUGGCCAAAACAAUUCUUAAUAAUAGCAGGGUAUAUAUUUUCUUUCUGUAGGCAUCGUAUGAAAACCCACCUCACAUUUAUGCCUUGACUGACAACAUGUACAGAAACAUGUUAAUUGAUCAGGAAAACCAGUGUGUUAUUAUCAGGUAGACAACUGUCUUAUGUUAAGUUCUUUCCCUAUCAAGUACUGAUACUAACUGACAUAUCUCUAGGACUGUGAUGUACAGUACAGUUGACUUUCUCUUAAAGCCUGGUUUUCACUAGUGAUGUAAACACAAACACAACAAUAAAACUUGUUUUACCAUGAAAACAGUCUAGCCACCAGCAUAUGUUAUUGGUCAAAUGCAGAUUUCAGGUUAAUUUUGAUUUAACCUAGGUUGAUUCUCAGUUUCCUUCGUCUCCCAGCCCUUGGAGACAAAGAAAAUCAAGAAUCAACCGAGGUUAAAAAAUUUUAACUUUAGAGCCACUUUGACCUGUAACUAUACAGUGAGAGCUUAAGUGCAAUAACCACAAGGCACUAAUUUUUCCUGUACUUUUGCGCUUAUUAUACUGUCGCAUUUGUGUCACUUCUUGUUUUGACUUGACACAAGAAUGCCUUAUGCUUGGUUAAAUGAAAAUCAAGCUCCCUGAAAGUGACAUUGAGGGUCUAAUAGUCCCUGCCUAACUUCAGAUGUUUAUUUUUUACUUUCCACUUUCCUGCAAUGUAGGUUCUUCUCUAAGAGUGACACUUGGUGUCAAUUCAAGCUGUGUCUGUCAUACAAGACAGUUAACGCUAGCAAUCCCUCAAUCCUGUUUUUUGUGUGUUGCCCUUUGCCCCUCUUAAAAGUUUCCAAAAAGGGGAACAAGAUAUCUUUCUCCUGGCAUAACCUAUUUAGUUAAACCUUUAUGUGUAAAAAUGUUGUUCAGCAACUAGUGGUCUUAUUCAAUAUUACAUGUACACUGUAUGAGGACUCAAAAGUUCCUUCAGUUUGUGUUAUUGUCUCUGUUGUAAUGGGUUACUCGUUUCCGGUCCGCAUUAACAUCACAUUUACCGAAAUUGUUACUCCCCAAUGACUGGUCUUGGCUUUGCUUGGGCUUUGUGUGUGAACAUUAUACAUGUUUGACUGUGCUAUGAAAUGAAUAUUACACAUAGUUUGUUAUAACUAUUUGAAAUGUGUUUUUAUUACAGUGGAGAGAGUGGAGCUGGAAAGACAGUUUGUGCCAAGUUCAUCAUGAACUAUCUUGCCAAAGUGUCUGGAGGAGGCCCAAGUGUACAGGUAAUCUGUCUUUCUACAUCAUUACACAGGUGCAUUAAUUUUUACACUUAGACUUAACUCUUGUGUUUAGAAGGGGCAAAGUAAUGACAGCAACAUCAACAAGUAAAACAACAGUGCUGCACAUGAAACAUACGCUUUUUGGUACAUUUCUUUGAUAUCCUCUAUACAACCGCAUGCUGUAUAACAUAAACAGGUUGUAAAGGCACACUGACAAAUUUCAUUUCUCUUUUUGAACUUGUAUGCGGUUCCUAACAGUUCAACUGCAUUAGAAUUCAUCAACAUUUGGUAAAUCAAGCAAGGCAAUAUUUAUAAAUAACAAUCAUUAAAUCUGAAAGAACACAAAUUCACUAACAUACACCUGUUAAUGAAGUUUUCACUUCUAUUAUUGUUGUGGUUGCUUAUACUCCCUAUCAAGUACAAUGGAGAGUCUGAGCAGAAAGAUUGUUCAUGAGCUGUUAAGAGUAUACUGUAACAUCACUGAUACAUUUUUUAAUCACUGAUCCAUAUUUCCACAGAAAGUCAAAGAUGUCAUUUUAGAGUCUAAUCCUCUUUUGGAGGCUUUUGGUAAUGCCAAGACAGUCAGAAAUAACAACUCCAGUAGAUUUGUAAGUUGGGAUCAAAAUGUUUUGUGUUGUGUUUUUCUUUUUCAUUUAUUUUGUUAUGUAUCACAUGGUAGCCAUGGAUUUCAUGACUUGUGGACUCAUUUGAUAUCACCUUGAGAUGUAACAUUUACAUGUUCCAUCUUAAUGAUAAACAACCUUGACAGCUUUUUCUAGACAUGAUAUUCACUUCUUAUACGUUACAAAGUGAUAUUGGUUUACAUCUUACAGCUCCCUACCUACCUCACUAUAGUCUUAGCUACUCAUUCAUGUUCCAGGGUUCAAGUCUUCUGGAACUUAAGUGUCUGCAAAUGUUUCCUUCUGAAGUAGUGUUUAGGAUUGUCAUAAGCUGCCUGACCUUAAUGUUGUAGAGAUUAACAGUUGAAUAUGUGCAUGAUCACAGGCCCUUGUAAGAUGCUUGUGAUAAUUUUUGCACUUUAAAAGCGAUUUAUUCAACAUUUCUAGUUCAUGAUAUUGCUUACAGUAUAUUUAUUGUUUUCAUUAGGGAAAGUAUGUUGAGAUUCAGUUCACCAAGGGUGGACAACCUGAUGGAGGGAAGAUCUCGAACUUCCUGUUAGAAAAGGUGUGUUCCUUUACUUUGGGCACAACAUUUUGUAAAUUUGCAUAUUCUGUUGGGCUAGGUAUCGCAAACAGCUACUGCAGCCCUUUGACCCAUUUUUCGAACAAAGUACAUGUAUGUAGAUUGUUUCAAAGUAAAAAUUGCAGAUGUAUUUACUACAAUAUUUAAUUUAGAGUAAAAUAAGGUUAUACAAUGAACUUGAAUUUUAAUAACCAAAGAGUUAUUUACAAUAGAGCCUUACAGCUGCUACUCCUAAUAACACCAUCAUUGCUAUUUUAGUCUAGAGUUGUCAGUCAAAAUCCAUCAGAAAGGAGCUUUCAUAUUUUCUACCAACUUAUCGUGGGUUCAACGCAGGAAGAUAAAGGUAGAUUUAAGGUCCAUUUAUUCACAAUAUAAUUAUUAUAGUUAAAAUUAAAGUGUCAAAAUUAUUAUAUUUUUUUCUCCAAUAAUAGCCAAUUUGUUGAACAAUAGUAAAUACAUGUAGUAAUUCAUGUAUUAUUGACAAAGUCAUUUACUGUCAAAGUAUCAAAACCGUGAACAAAUGAAAUAUUUCAGAUAUGUUAACUUUGCUAUGACCAAUCACAGCAAAGAUUAGGGCAGUUGAGCGUGCCACAAAACCACAAACUUAUCGACGGUGUUAACCUUUUCUUUCUCGGCAUUUCAGAGAUAUUUCUGGUGUUCAUAGAACUUUUUGUUAGUUUCACAGUAGUGGGAGGGCAAUAGCAGAGCUCAAAAUAAUUUUCACACAGUGGCCAGACACGAUGACCAGCCAAAGAAAUUUUUGCUUGGUCAAGUCUCCUUUCUGACUGGUCAAAAUAUUAGAAAAAAAGUUAACUUAUCCUUGUGUAAUUUUCUGUCAGUGAACAUGAUUGUAUUUUUUUACAAAGAGACAAAACCUAAGAUUCAGAGGCAAUUAGGAUUUGGCUCUUUGUUCGAGAAAAGAGUGCAUGUGGUCAGUCAACAUGAUCGGCGAGUGAAGGUUUUGGCCAGUUUAGAUGCCAUUCUGGAUGGACAUUGUCCUUUCACUGGCCGUGACAUGCAUUUUGAGCCCUGAAUAGUAAUGAAAUAAAAGCUAAAAAUGUCUGAGAACUAAUUUAGAAAAGUGGUGAAAAAGCUACCACUUAAAUCUGAACUAUAAUUGUCAAACAUUGUGCUUGAAAUCUGGAAAGUUAGAAGCCAAAUGCAUAAAAGACUGUCAAGGAUGCAAUUGAUUACAAGAGCCUUCAACUAUUAACCUACUUUGACUGCGAAAAAUGAUUUUAAGAUGCUGGUUAACUCACGAGAGGUGUUAGCAAAAAUUUAAACUUUAAAGCAAUAAUAUUAUUAACCUAAAUAAUACUAUAAUAAUUAUUCUAAACUUAUUUAAUUGGCAAUUAAUGUGUGUUAAUUUUCCUCAAAGUGACUAUUAAAUCUACAUGCGUGUGUUCAAUAGGUCAGUUAGGUCUGACAGAUCCAAGUUAUUAUUAUUACCUGAAUCAAAGUGGUACAUACUCAGUGGAUGGUACUGAUGACGUCAAGGAGUAUGAAGAAACAAGGGUGAGUGAUUGUUGUAUGUUUGUUGUGUCUGUCCAACCUUUUCCCUCUGGUCAGAUCUGCAGCUGUACAUGUAAAACAAUAUAUGUAGCCUGCUUCUUACUUAGGAUUGUGGAAGUUAAAAAUGUGUUUAAAAUGAUCCAACAUCAUCCAACAACUGCUGGAUCAAAACAACACACUGAAGGAUGAUGUUGAGCCAUGAUUGUUGGGGCCUCUAAAAGUGUUGAUGGUGUCUCUUUGCCAUCUAACUUGUUGCAUGGGAAGGUUUAGUCAAAAAGAAUCUGGACUUGUUUCUCGUCAAAAACUUUAAACACCCAGUCACUGACACUGUUCAGUUGUGAGCAAAAUCUUAUAAAAGAAGCUUAAGUGUUGCAUUAUAUUGGACCUAUUUAGACAGGGCAUAACUAGUGUUAUGACAAGAAGAUAUCACUUAUAUACAGAGUUCUGUGACUGUCAAUCUGUUGAUCAUUAAUUUACUGCCAUGUUUGCAGAAAGCCAUGGAUGUUAUAGGUAUCUCAGAUGAUGAUCAAGCGAGUGUGUUGCAGAUAGUGGCCGGGGUUCUUCAUUUGGGGAAUAUCUCAUUCACUGAACAAGGCAAUUAUGCUGUGCCAAGUGAUGAUGAAUGUAUGUACUUUUUAUCGUUCUAUAUUUGUAAAGUAUCAAGUACAUUUGUAUCAAUAAAAUUCAUUAAGUUUUAUUUUCUUUCUUGUUGGCUGUUGCACUUAUGUUACCUAUCAGCUCAUACAUAGCAGACUGCAAAGAGGGUCAGUUUUAACUGUAGCUAGCAAGCACUAGCCCAAGAGUCUUUUAACUAGCUUGAAAAAAGAUUUGAUAAGCAGGAUUGAAUAGAAUUCUUCUAAAAUUUGAAUUCCUCUAAAGACUUCCCUUCCCCAUUAGGCAAGCAAUGUUAAGAACCGAAUUCACUAGCCCAAUAGCAAAAGUUGGACAUGACUUUCUUUCCAAGCUAUAUCGAUGUAAUGAUUGUAUUUGGGAAUCUGCACCACCGAAAUACUGUUGUACUUCAAUCCAUGUAUCACCCUAGCUGAUAGUAAUAAUCACCAAGAUUUCAAUUUGCCGGGUAAAUACAACAAGUAGGUGGGGAAUCAAACAGUUAGGGAUUUCUUUUGGUUCUAUUUUUCUUCUAUUUUCCUAUGAAAGUAGCUGGAGGCCACAUUCAUAGUUGCCAGGGGAAAUCCCCAGCCCCCGCCUCUUAAUGACAGCCUUUAAAUGACCAUGUCAAAGUGUUGUUAAGCAUUACAUGUUUGUUUGUAUAUCUUAACAGUCUUGGCCUAUCCAGCUUACCUAAUGGGUGUGAAUGACAUGUUAUUGAAAGAGAAGUUAACCAGGUACGAAGUCACUGGUGAAAGCUCAGAAGUCAUAAUGUGAACUGUUACUCUUGGUGAAGUCUAAAAUGUUUUUUUAUUAUGAGUCAAAGUUAAAUUGUGCCUCUGACUUUGUAGCGUGACAAAACAGCUGAUAUUCUGUAAUGCUACCACUGAUUUCCCAGUGAAAUGAUGUCUGAGAAAUGACUGCCGAAAUUCCAUACUGGUGACAUGUCACUACCCAGAUCUGGGUAGUGCUUCUGAUUGGUCGUGGUGUGAGGCAAAGUUGCUUCAACCAAUCAGAGGCACUACCCAGAUCUGGGUAGGAACACUUCACCAGUAUGGAAUUUCUGCAGUCGUUUCUCAGGGAGACCAGUGGUAAUGUUGCUAAAUGUUGGCUGUUUUCUCAGGAUACUGAGAAAUAAAGGGACUCUUGACAGGCCUGAAAUUUGUUUUAAGCUACGUAUUAUUGCAGAGUAACUGCAGUCAGCAGUAUUAAUUUUUCUUGUAGUGAGCUAGCAUCUACCUUCAACAUGAAAAAAAAAAUAGUCAAACUACAGUACAAUGUAUUACAGGGCUGUCACUAAGAUCUCAAGUGUGUGGGUGUAUCUAUUUUCUCGGCAGGGAAUUAAAGAGCGAGGAAGUCCCUUAAUUCUGUUUUCCUUUUGUUUCAUGUUAAGUUGCUGGGGUAAUGCCCAAUGACCCAUGGAAAUCCCCUGCCCCAAGCUCUUAGCAUUAGCCCUGUGUUAAGAAGCAUCUCCCUAAAGAGUUCCAUGUCCCAACCGGUACAAGCAUUCCUUUGGAAUUUAGGAUCAAUUAGUGUCUACUGCUCUGGAAAAACAAUUUUUUUAUUUUGAAUGAUAUAAUUAUUUUAGUAUAUUGUCAAGUAGUCUUGUUCAAGAAUCAAAAGCACACAGUUUGAUUGUGACUGACUUUUAGACAUACCGUCCAGUAUAUUGACUACCGUACAUCAGGUUGUUGCUCGCAAGAACAUCAAGCCUUUUUAUUUUUCUGGUUGAUAAGUUAUUUUUCACUUCAUAGCUGUUUCUAUCUUUUAUGCUUUUAGCCGUGUAAUGGAUAGUAAGUGGGGUGGCAAGACAGAGACCAUUAACAUGAAACUCAAUGUUGAACAGGUACAAAAUAAGAUUACUAUGAAACGUAAACAAAUGACUCACAUGCAUAAUUUUAGAUGUAGUAGUAUUUCUUUGUUUUGUGAUGUUGUAGGAUGCUUAAAAGGUGUGGUGACAAAGAAUGUUACAGUUUCAGAAGCUGAUAUAAAGUAACAUACUAAUGCAAAACUUCCUGCAACUGUGAUUUGACUCUUGGAAAUUUUAUUCAGAAAAUGGCAAAAAAAUAAAUAAUACGGUUAUUACAAAAACCUGAUAAGUCAUGAAAAAAUAAUGAGCAGUUGAACUCUAAUAAUUAUUAUUGUUGAGUGGACCUUGAGAAGAAACUAAAACUAACAGAUAAAAUCUUAAACACACAAAUUCACUUGCAAGUAGUACAAGACAAGUGCAAAAUGCAGUGUUGCUACAAGAAAGUUGUUGCUUGAACUUGAUUUUUAUUGUGUGGUAAUGGCUUGCAGUUAUUUUGUGCAAACUUUAUUUGUAAGUGAUUCUGCUGAAUAAGAUUGAUUUUGACUGGUGUUUUCUCAGGCCUGCUACACAAGGGAUGCUUUAGCUAAGGCUCUGUAUGCAAGAUUGUUUGACUUCCUUGUUCAGGUACUGACCUUCAAACUAAGGAAGCCUGUUUUUGAUUCUUGUACAGUAUUUCAUUUUUAUCAGUUUACAUUACCAUGUAAUUGGCCUCCCCCCCCCCCCCCCUUAGUUUAUACACAAUGAAAACAAAGACCAUAAACUUAAAACUUUCUGGCAUUCAAAACAGCAGCUGGCUGUCUUUGUACUUUCACUCCUCAAGUACAGAAAAUAAAAUACAGUUUCAAAACCACCUCUCAUUUUGGACCACCAAUUUUCACAUUUGAGGUGGCCAACCUCAGUAGAUUCUGCUGAGGAAAUCUCAUCCCUUAUUAAUCCUAUGAAAUUAUUUUGAAAACUUCUUUUGUAGUCUGUUAAUAAAGCCAUGCAGAAGAAAAUUGAUGAACUCACCAUUGGGGUGCUGGAUAUCUAUGGUUUUGAGAUCUUUCAGGUAAACUACAUAUUAGUGUCUUACUCUUACUAAAUUGAAUUAAUUUGAUACUGAUACUGUACAAUUUUCGAUGACAGUACAUUGCAGAAAUUUUUCAACAGUCAUCUUUGACCUGGACACAGUUAAUAUCCCUACAAUGUGCAAAUUAGCCCACAUGUUGGUUAGGGGGAUGUGGUGGCUGACUUUUCUAGCUAAAAUUAAGCAGUGUGCCCUACGAACAGUAAAGUUGUCUGCAUAGCAAUGUCAGUCACGCAGUUGAUUUGUUUACAUCUUGAGAGUUCUCUCAGGCAUAAACAAACCAACUACACAACUAAAAAGCAACACAUACAACUUCUUAAAAAAAAUUUAAUGCAAAAAGCCAUGCCAGAAAGAAACCUCUGCUCGUAGGGUACUGGGUCUGUUCAUUUUUGGUUUGUUUAUGUCCAGAGUUGCAGUUCAAAACGAGAGAAUCACCCCCUGUUUAAAAGCUAAAAGCUUCUAACUUCACAACAUUUGUUUUUUUGAUUUUUUAGAAAAAUGGAUUUGAACAGUUUUGCAUCAACUUUGUAAACGAAAAACUACAGCAGAUCUUCAUUGAGCUGACACUUAAAGCUGAGCAGGUGAGAUACAUGUAUAUAGUUAUUUCAGAAUACCUCAGUGGUUUGUUUUCCCAGGGUAGAGGAGGGAAUCGUUGGUGCUUUUUGCCUUUAAAAUUGGGGAAGCUGUUGCUCAUUUGGGGCCCUGUAUGUCAAGCAUAUUAAUUUUUAUGAUUUAUUUCUAUUUACCUAAAAUUAUUAUCAUAAGAUAGGCAGUGUUCUCACCAGGAUUUUUCCUUGGGGAGUCCCAAGGCCCCCUCUUCUGAGAAAUAGGGGCCCUGUAAGAACAUUAGGGGGACAAAGUUACAAAAAACACGCGGUACGAAGAACCUGAGCCCGCACUCCAAAUUGUCUGUUACAUGAAGUACCUACCUGAUCCAAUAUGGCGGAAGAGGUGUUUACGAUUCGGAGGAGGAGUUUACGAUGUAGUGGGACGUGCGUGGGACCAAUGAAAGUAAAGGCAACAAAAUUAAAGACUUUGACUCAUUUGAUAUCAUGUUUUUUAUUUAUUCAAACAAACAGAAUGCUUUAGUGUUAGGUUGACCAUUAAAACUACUUAAGUCCGUUUGACUCGUAGCUUGCCCCUGCGCCCUAACGGGCGCAUCUUCUUUGUUUUAAUGCACCAUUUCAGUUUUUCUUGCGGGAAUCCCGCAAGGCCGCGGCCUGGUGAGAACACUGGAUAGGCCAGUAAUUUUUAUUUUUAAAUUCAAUAUUAAUUGUUCAGUAAUGAAUAUGCAUGUGAGCAUAAUGCAGUGUAAUAUAUCUACCAUGAAUCAAUAAAUUUUUAUUAUAGUUAAGUGCUCUGACUUUCAAUAAAAGAUUGUUUCCCAUAAUGCAAUUGAACUGUGUUUCUUUGUAGGAAGAAUAUGUGGAGGAGGGGAUCAACUGGAGCCCAAUUGAUUAUUUCAACAACAAAAUUGUUUGUGAUGUCAUAGAAAGCAAGGUAAUCAUUCACCCAGUUAGGUUAAUAAGAGUCAUACAGUCAUGUAUUUCUCACUGUAGCAAAGUUUAAGUCCUUAGGGGCUGGUUGUUUAUUAACUCUGAGUGGGUUCAUUUGUUAGGGGUUAAUUUUCAGAUAAGAAAGUGUUACCGGAGGAAAGUAGGACUGUUAAGUAGUACAAAGCAGUAACGAACAUGAAUUGAAAUAGAAUAUAACAGCCGUGAAUAGUAAAUGCCGAUCUUAUGAACCAACUUUAGAUAAAGAAAGUGGUAAACUUUGGCACGAUUUGUAGCUAGAAUAUUCAUAGUUUCCACAGCAAUCGGAUGGGAGGUCACCUUCAGAACAUGUAAACUUUUCAGGGGGAUGUUUCUAAAAAGCUAGUCCUUGGGGGGUCGGUUUGAAGUCUUGUAAGCUUUCUCAAAAUGGCCAGCUCCCCUCAUGGGUUUUAAAGUCCAGCCCUUUAGUUUAGGUAGGUAGCUUGAAAUAGUCAUCCUCUGACUAACGAACCUGAGGCCGACGCUGCACUGAUUUAACCCCCCUCUCUGCAUCAGUGCUCCAUUUUAAGGGUAUUUGAAGCGACUUAAAGCUACACGGAAGGGAAGGAAGUUGAAAAAAGUAUUUUAGGUCACUUGUGGGAAACAAACUCAGAACCUCUUACACAGAAGUCUGUUUAGUAACCAGCUCUUUGAUAGAUUAUCAUAUAACUUUUUUUGUAGAAACCUCCAGGUAUAAUGUGUGUACUGGAUGAUGUCUGUGCUACAAUGCAUGCUGUUAGUGAAGGAGCAGAUGCCACUCUUCUUGAGGUAUUGCAAUAAAUUAAAAAUUCUUACUCAGUUAAUCUUUUCAGAAGGCAGAAAAACUGCAAAUGUUUCCCCACACUUAGCGACAUGAACAUUUAUAUAAAUUUUAGCAAAUUGUUAGACACAGCCAUGCAGAAUUCUUUUAGAAUGGCAUAAUUAUAAGUAGGUUACAGUUUUAGUCAGACAUACCAAAAACAUUGAUGGAUUUACUUUCCAUCGACCUUUAAUUUCUUUAAUUACUGUGCAAAUCUUUAAUUACAAAGUGAUAUUCUUCCAUGCACAUGAUAUCUUCAUGCAUGGGCAAAUUUUAGUUUAAGACAUUUUCCAAUGACAAUCUCUUAUUUCCUUUUCUACAGAUAUUAACAUGCUAGUUAAAGGGCACAUUUCCUGCAUCUCUAAUCUCUAUGUUAAUUUUGGUGGUUGUUUCUGCAGAAACUGAACAAUGCAGUUGGAACUCAUCAACAUUUUCAGGGUGUCAGCGGUGGUUUCAUAAUCCAUCACUAUGCAGGGAAGGUAUGUUAUGGUAUGGUAUGGUAUUACCUUGCCUCUAACUGGCACCCAUCAUUAUAACGCUAGAUUUUCUCAGGCUGGCAACUAUUCGAGAGAACAGCAGAGGAUUAAGGAUGUAUUCCUCUUAAUAUCCAUUCAUUAUCAAAACACAAAUUCAAGGUGUCAAUUUAUCGACAACCUUUCGAUAUUCUAUUGUUUGGGGAUGAUUAUGUUGUCAAAUUGUCAAGUAUUUUCCCUUUGAAUAAUCACCUCUUUUUACUCGCUAACACUGCAGCAACAAAAUUGUCAUGCUGAAGGAGGUCUAGUUAUUCGGCUUAUAACUAGCCUGUUAGCAAACAAAAGAAGAACAUGCUCACAUGCUAGCAUAAAACACCAACCCAGCAGCACAGUCCACCCAUUCCUCCCCUGCAUGCUUCAAGGCUGCUUGUGACUGGUAUCCAAUGAAACCUUAACAAACAGAUUUUCGUUUGAAUCAUUCCUAGGUUACUUAUGAUGUGAAUGGAUUCUGUGAGAGAAAUCGAGACGUGCUAUUUAAGGAUCUUAUAGAGCUCAUGCAAACAAGUGAAAAGUAAGUUGAAUUGUCAGAUAAUGAAUGUUCACGAACAAAGAAUGGAUUUCAGUCCAUUUCAUAUAUAUUGAUUUGCGGUUUUUCAAUAUAUUACCGUUUUCCUUUAAAGUCCCUUCAUAAGGAAUUUGUUUCCUGAAGACGUCACUGCAGACAAGAGGGGGAGACCCACAACGGCUAGCAACAAAAUCAAGGUGAAUUUUUGUUUUUUUUGUUUGUUUGUUUGUUUGUUUUUUUUUAUUUUGCUCUUUAUUUGAGUGUCAAUGUAUUUAGCACAAAAGUACUAAUUGGGGAACGUAUCUCACACUCUGUUAUGUAGAUCGAAGUCUGAAAAUGAACGGUUGAGUUUUUGCAUCUUUUUGAAAACACAAACCCAGCCUUAGAUCAUUUUGCAUGGUAAUUUUUUUUAAAAUUCUAGCUCAUUGCUCUGAUUAAUUAGAUUACUCACACAGUUGCAUUCCCCAGAAGUUUAAGAAUAAUUUUGAAGGUGUUAGAGAUAACUCUACUAGAGUAGAUGGGGUUUGAAAAGUGAAUACAGACAUCUACAUGUGCAUAGCUGGUCCUCAUUCAUGACUGGUACUUAGUGGAGGAGUACACAGGGCCGGUAACACGCUAAAUACCUUUAGAGCAUUCCCUCUUGUCCAGGAGCAAGAGAAGAGUGGCUAAGCCACAAGAGUUUUGUGUAAGUGAUGUACCCUGAAUGUUUUCGCGACGCUACUAAUGGUUUCACCCUGAAAUGACGUCUGAGGAACGAGCGCAGAAAUUCCAUACUGAUGACGUGUUACUUCUCUGAUCUGCGUGGUGCUUCUGAUUGGUUGAAGCAAAAUUUUAAUUAAUCAGAAGCACCACUCUGAUCAGGGUAAUGAUACAUCGUCGGUAUGGAAUUUCUGUGCAGGUGUGGCGUCGCGAAAUGUUGGCUGUUUUCUCAACCUGUGAGUGAUAAAGCUGCGAAACUUCAACACGAGAGACUGCUUAGAAGCUGCACACUGAUGGGCCCCUGUUUGCCCCCUGUUUGUUUCAGACUCAAGCCAAUCAACUGGUAGACAAACUGAUGAAGUGUACUCCACACUACAUCCGCUGCAUUAAACCAAAUGAGACCAAAAAAGCGCAUGACUGGGAAGGCGACCGAGUCAAACAUCAAGUGGAAUAUCUUGGGCUCAAGGAGAACAUUCGUGUAAGAAGAGCAGGUUUUGCCUACAGGAGGCCGUUCCAAAAGUUUCUUGAGAGGUACGAAUUCAAUUUUUAAAAAGACCACAUUUUUUUUUGUAAGACAUGUUUGUAAGAUGGGUCUCACCUGUGCGACAUCGAAACAUGUAUAAAUAAAAAAUAUCGUGAUCUUUCUAAAAAUCGCGAUUUAUUUACUGCUUCCUGCGCAGUUUCCGGUUUGGGUCACAGCCUCGCCUCUAUUGACAUCGGCCCUCGGCCGACACCGAAGAAUCCAGCCACUCACGAGAAAAAAAACCCUGGUACCCAGGGUAAAAACUGGGUGAAACAGCAAAACAAAUCGGCGAGCGAACAGAGCCGAGCGGUGGGCUUGAGAGGGGCAAAGUCGGAGCUAUGUGCCGUUAGGCAUUCAAUCCAUGCUAACAUGGACUUUCAACACGUACAUGGAUCGUGCAUAAAAUCUUGCGUGGAGAUGUUAUCAUAAUAAGAAUAAUGAAAAAGGUCUUAACAGUAUAUUGUUACGUCUCUUUGAAGAUAUGCCAUUCUCACAAAGGAAACAUGGCCUCGAUGGGCAGGAGAUGUAAGAAGAGGAGUAGAGCAUCUGAUGCGUGCUGUUAAUAUGGAACCAGAUCAGUGGCAGAUGGGCAAGACCAAAGUCUUUAUCAAGGCACCGGAAUCUGUAAGCAAUUCUUUAGUCGACUUAAGAAAAAUAUUUUUACGCAGGCGCGUGUUGGAUAUGAGAUGGUACCUGACAUGUACAAUGGAGGUCAAAGGAACUCGGCACAGUUGAGAAAACUGUUCCAAGCAAUUACAGUCAACUCUCUGUAAAGGAUUGCAACGACAAUUUUUAGCGCAACACGGUUGCGACAUUGUUUCGAAUGGUUGCAACAUUGUUCCACCAUUGCAACGCUGUGUUGCGCUAAAAUCGUCGUUGCGAAUUGUCUGUGUGACAUGACCUAAGAAGGACGCCCUUGGGACCGGCACUAUAUAUGUGUCUUAGAGCAAUGGCUGUCUUAUGGAGAGGCAAAUAAAGGGGGUAAAGAAAGGCAGCGACAAACUCCAGGUGUCCGUUUUACCAAGGUGUCCGUCUUAUAGAGGUGUCCGUUAAGACAAAGUUGACUGUAUAGCAUAGCAAAUAUCUGUAUCCAUCUUGCGUAAAUUCAAGAUUGUGGCUCAGAAAACACCUAUCUUGCUUCGACUUUGUUUCGGAAGGGAGGAGGGAAGAAGCAACUAAUAUCACGUUAACCUUUAAGCCCCAAUAUCCACAAACAAAUUCUCCAAACUGAUCUCUAUACAUUUCCUUACAGAAUUAGUUGGGAUUAAUUGAUAAAAGAUCAGAGAUUUUUCUCUUUGUGAUCAUUCGAUUAAUUCUCAUAGAUGUUGCACUUGACAAUCUAUGGAUAUUGUUAGGAGAAAAUUGAUGUUGGUCACUAUUGGGACUUAAAUGGUUAACUAGAUAGCCAACGAGGCGCGUGGCCACGUGUUGGCCAUUAUUAUCUCAUAUCCAACAAGCGUGAGUAACGUGAUUGUUUUUAUUAUUGUUAUAAACCAAGGACUUCGGAACAAGAUAAAUCUUACCAGCUGUACUUGUAAAAAACGGAAAGAGGCAAGAGACCUACUCGUGUUUUUUUUUAAUGCUACACAUCUAUCAAAACUUUUGCAUUUGUGUCGAUGGUCUGAGCGAAUUAAAAAAUAUAAAUAUGGGGGUAAAGAACUUUCAAAAACGCAUGAAGAUUCUCGGACUAAAACUGCUUGUCAGCUGAAAACCUCGUGCUGCGAUAAUCUUAACAACAAAAAAAUUGUGAGUGCCGAAAUUGCUUGGUGCAGUUCCAAACUCUCCCUGUGAUAGCAGUGUGUAUUUAAUAUACGGAAAACAAAGUCUGUCCACUGUACUUCAUUUACAGAAAAAAAAAAAUCAUUUAAAUUGUUCGCUGUUUCUAUUUUGUCAGCGUUGAGGAAUCAACGCUUUUGGUCCUGCUCUUGUUUGUGCCGAUUUCUCUCGUGACUUUUCCUUUAACUUUUGUGUCUUUAGCUCUUCCUACUUGAGGAAUUGAGAGACAGAAAGUUUGAUGGCUAUGCCAGGAAGAUCCAGAAGGCGUAUAGAAUGUACAAAUCAAGACAGUAUUUUGCUGAACUCAAACAACAAGGUUAGCGAUUCAUAGUAAUUGUCAACGAGCAGCCUCGCGAAGACGCGAGGCUGCAAGGCGGCAGCCUAAUAAAGCCGUGCGCGAAAGUUCCGAGACAGAAUGGAUCUUGAAUCGAUGUAACACAAGGUAGUGUAAGGUAACUUUUAUGACUAAUGCAGACAGAAUGCAUUGUUUUCGAGCGAACGCGUGAUACAGAACAGAGAAUCCACGAGCCGUGUGCGUGUUUGUGAGUCCCGUGUUCAUCCCGUCUUCAACCAGUCGUUAGAUGGAUUCAUUUCCGUCAUUUGCGUACAGCUGUCGCAUUUACCCACAUCAAACCUUUCUUGUAACAAAUGAUGUUGUUAACAGGUUUGAACGUGGGUGGUAAAACGCGCAACAUCGCUUUUCUGCAGCAACGUUGCAAGACAAGUUGCACGUUUUUUUGCUCGUUUUUACGCACAUAUUAAUCUAAACUUGUUUCUUUUUUUGAUGUUCUCGUUGUCUUUGUCUUCCUGACAUCUUAAACUCCCUUAGACCCUAAAAGUGUCUUGACUACAGUUGUCUUUGCGCUGUUUUCAUCAGUUCAAUGUGGUUUGCUUUUCAUGUGUUUGUUUUAGCAUCGGACAUUCUGUUCAACAAGAAAGAGAGACGGCGAGGCAGCAUCAACCGCAACUUUGUUGGGGAUUACAUUGGUUACGAUGACAACCCAGCACUGAGAAGUUUAGUCGGUAUGAGCUACUUGAAUCACAUCACAAAUUCUUGUGUUUCAAAGGACUUCCUGGAAGAGUUUUGUUGUCUCAUUUUACAUAUACUUACAUCAUUGUUUAGAAAAGCGAGAGAGGAUUGAAUUUGCUGUCACGGUGAACAAAUAUGAUAGAAGAUUCAAGGUGGGUUGAAAAUAACUGUCAGCUUUAAAGUACAUUAUUUGACUUCAAUUUAUUCUUUUGUAACAUUUAUAGUGUUUUUCCGUUUGUCAUAUUACAUUUCGUCUAACCUGCACUUUUUACAGGCAAUGAAGCGCGACCUUCUGUUAUCCAGCAAACACAUUUAUCUUAUUGGAAGAGAGAAAGUAAGUGUUCAUCAUUGUCCUGUUUGAAGUUGUCUUUUACUUGGAGAGUGAACUACUCUGGCUCCAUUGGUCCGUUCUCGAAAUACCUAGGAUGAAAUAAACCGUGAUUCCCAAGGGGGGACUGCGCAUAUGAAAGGGGUGGGAUGCUCGUCGGAAAUUUUGAAUUCAACCCCUAAAGGAGACCGAUCUGGGCGUGGCCCAAACUUUUUUUGACCUGUAAAAGAGACCAUGUUAAAACACAGACAAUAAAUAUAUAUUUUUUAUAUUUUUUCGCGUGCAACCCUGAACGAGACCUUCACGGCUAAAUAUGAUGGCGUUUUGCCCAGAACACCCUAAGUGAGACCAAAAUCCGAAAUUUACACCCCUAAGCGAGACGACGAGCAUCCCCACCCCUUUCAUAUGCGGAGUCCCUCCCCCCCCCCCCCCCCCCCCGGGCCGUGCUUACGGUUUGAGAAAGCUCAAGGAAUUUCAUAAGAAAAAUAACCUCUGGAACCCAGGGUUAUGGGUAAGAGUGAACCAGUGAUUGAUUUUAAUUUGUUUGGCUUUGUAAUCAGGUAAAGAAAGGCCCAGAAAAGGGUAAAGUUUACGAAGUGGUGAAACGUAAACUGGAAAUGAAGAGCAUAGGAUCUGUUUCACUCAGGUAUACACAAAUUUGAUACUCAAUAGUAAUCAGAGGCCACCCAGACAAUAACGUUCUACAGUGGAACCUCGAUAUAACGAGCCUCGUUACAGUGAACAAAUUGUGCCAGUCCCUUGGCACUUCGUUAUAUCGAGGUUCCACUAUAAAGAGUAUUUUCUCUGUGUCAUUUAUGAUGCCGUCUUUCAACUCAUCUUGAUAACAAGGCUAAAUUGCGUCUGUUAUCUGUUACUUUCGACGUGUAUUUCUCUGCUAACAGAAGAACAGUAGAAAUUCAACUACAGUGAAACCCCGCCUUACAGCCACCUCGGUAAUACGGUUACCUCGUUAUUACGGCCACUUUUUUGGCCGCCUGGAAAAACGGCCAUACAUUUUCUUGUAUAAAAAACCCUCGUUAAUACGGCGAAACUAUUUCACCACAAGCUGUCGCUCGGUUUGAAGCAAUGGUUUUUAUUUACUUAACGUUCCUUUUCAGCCCACUCCAAGAUGACUUUAUAGUUGUCCAUAUACCAGGGGAAUAUGACAGUGUUUUGGAAACUGUCUUCAAGACAGAGUUCCUGACUCUUCUUUCAUCAAAAUAUCAAGAUUCUACGAACCGCCAACUUAAAGUGGAUAUUAGCAGCAGGUAAUUCUUUAUUUUUGUUCGUUAGAACUGGAAUUAUUUCUUUUCGAGAAAGUUUUGGAGUUUUAAAUAAACCUGAUAUCUGCGAUGCUUGCUCUGUACCUAUUAGUCAUAGCGUAGAACGCUUCAACUUUUGAAAGCAAAAAUGAGCUUCGCUUUGGGCAAAAUUAUAUUCUAAUGAUCUACUGAAAGAGGCCUAACCGGAUGACUGAAAGGGACUGUGGCCACAGAAAAAUUGAUAAAUUUGCUGUCUUUGUGGAUAAAAGUAGUAAUACCACAUUACGUAAUUAUUGCAUCGUGCAAUCAUGGAAACAAGGGCGCGAGAUAGUGUGAUUAUAUGGCGCAAACUAAAAAUGUUGUACCCUUUUCUCUCAGUAACUGAUGUCACACUUCACACCCGGCUACCUGGCCACCUCAAGGUUCCACUUCAACAUAAAGUUCAUCCGAGUAGUAUUUUAAUCAUUGCAUUCUGAUCCAUCUUUUCUCAGCAUCACAGUUUCAGUGAAGAAGGAGGGCUGGGGUGGUGGAGGAACACGUACUAUUAGCUUUUCUUCUGGUAAUUCUGAUUUUCCAGUACUCAAACCUUCUGGCAAGUCACUCAAUGUCUCCAUUAGUCCUGGACUUCCUAAGGAUACGAGUAAGUCCUUUAUACGUUUACCUUGCACUGUGAAGUUCAGGCUCUGUUUCGCGCUUUAGUCGAAACACAUUAUCUGUAGGACAAAAAGGGCCCAAUUAUAGUUUGAAACCUUCACAUGUUUUAAGCCUCGCUCUGUGUAAGCAAUCAGACGUUUGGUUCUUCUAAGCUACUAGUUAGCACUCCGAUUUAAACCUGUUCGUGAUGAUGAUGUCAUAUUAGUUUGUGUCAUGGCUGGCAUAAGUGAACUAGCUAAGUUCUCUUUAAAACGCAAUCACCCGUUCACACCUAUCAAAUAUAUUUACUUCAACAAAAUCUUGUGCUUGAAACAUUUUAUCUUUCUUUGGUACAGACCGUUAAAUGUGAGCUGUAGACACUAAUUCUUCGUUUACUGCAGACCGUACUCAUGGCAAUAUUUCCCUAAUCCUGUAGUUAAAAGAGCUUUAAAGCGUGGAAGUGAACGUAGUACGAGAUUGACAAGCAGUACAGGUCGUUUCCACUCACGUGGUCAGCAGCUACGUAAAUUUAGAAAAGUUUUAUUCCCACUGGAUUUUUUGGGUACCCCAACAUGGCCGCCAUCUUUGUUUUGGUACACCAAUAUGGCCGCCGUGACGUCAUGUUAAAAAGAGUAUAAGAUUCUGGGAUACUCCCCACCUACUCCUCCCCUAACCUAACGUUAACACUAUUUUUUACUUUGAGCAAAAUGUUGGUUGAAGGGAGGGGUGGAUAACCAGUUUCCCAGUAUCUUAUACUGAUUCUUUUUUUUGCCCCCUCAGGACCGGGACGUCAAGCCCGUGCCACCUCAGGCCCAGGAAAACCUCGCAGAGCUGCCCCAGGCUACCCCAGUCAGCAACAAACAACUGGACAAAUGCGUCAACGUACAGCGUCUAGUCUCCAUCGUUUCGCUGCCACGCACAAGCAGCCAUCGUUGCCUCGAUCUGGCGCACAGCAUUUAGCACGAGGUCCUGCAAAUGUCAACAUUCAUGAUCAAGCAUUCAUGAGAACACCAGAGUCUGGAGUGUGCGGGUGAGUUUUUGUUGGUCAUGUGGAUGACACGUGAUAGUUCUGACAUAUUUCUGUGUUCCUUGCCGAACCCUCUGUAAUUUACAUUUCUUAUGUCUUUGCCUUAGACCAGAAACUCAUAAGGGGUUGAAACGUCUAACUCUCAUUUGUUUGCUUUGUCCGAUGCUCGUGAUUAUUCAUUUUCAAAAGUACCAUAUUUGGAACGAGAAGAAGAGAUAACUGACCAAUCAAACUUCGUAAGCGACAUGACGUAAUUUUACUUCAGGUUCCCGCGCCCGCUUGAAAAAAUGGCCGACGAACGGGGGAAAAACUUCCGAAAGCCGAGAAAGCUUUCAAAGGUUGAAACCAGGAAUCUUACCGAAACACUGAGCAGGAUAUUAUUGUCUUACCACCCGGGCCAAACAUAACAUCAUGAAACCCAUCACGUCCUCGCAGCUUCUUGAAGUUGUCACUUCAAAAAACGAUGCCUUGUUGAGCCUCUGCACGGUAAACUUAUACUGCAAAUAGGCUUUUAAAAUUCGUAUAUUAAAAGUCUAGAAUAAACAGUAAAAAAUAUUUCGAAUAAAAUUCAUUAGCUGCGUAUCAAAAAGUGUCGAAAACCUGAACCUGACAUCUUCGCAAAAAGUGAUGCGUGUAAUGAAUGUGAGAAGCAUUUAAGCUUAAAUUCAGCUUGGAUGUUGUAGCCACGAUCGUGUUUUGAGCUAAUUUUAUGUAUGAACAAACUCAAAACAAUAGACAGAGAAACCGUUUCUUGAAAAUUUUUAUACAAAAUCCAAAACGUUAAUCCCUUAAGGCAAUUCGGAAAACACUAUCUGGAUCGUGGAUCCGUUUACGCAAGUGAAAUCGGCUGAGCACAUGGCAAAAUUCAACACAAAAUCCAUUUCAAAUCGGGGCACAUUUUGUAAUUUUUCUUUAGCGCCAAAGAGAAAAAUUUAUAAAACGUCUAUGAAACAUUUAAAAAUACGUAAAUUCCCUUUCAAAAACGUAAUUGUCUUGGCCAUGGAGUGCAAAAUGUACCUGAAAAUUCAGCAAAAACUUCACCAGCUUGGUUGCAUUUCAAAACAUACGAUGCGCUCCGUCGAGAAGAAAACAAGGUUGAAUUCCUCGAAGGACGAUUUCUUGAUGAAAAGCUUCCCUUCCUCCACAAAAAGAAAGCUGAGCAUUCUUUUGAACCUUCUCCUUCCAUUUUUUGUCUUUUAACGGUGUAUUUUUAACCUUGAAAUGCAGAACUCUUGUCUGAAAACAUCUGCAUGGUUAUCGCGCGGCAGCCAUUUGUUGAAAACCGAUAUCUGUCACUAAGGUUUCCAAAUAUGGUAAAAGUGAAUAUUCACGAGCAUUGAACGCGAGUUACACGUUUCAACCCCUUAUGAGUUUCUGCUUAGACUUAAAUGACAGGUUUCUUGAUAGGCCAUGCACGCAAUAUGCUCGCAACAACUACAAAUUCAGACUAUUUAUCUUCCGCAACUCUACCUUUCCACUAUUUUCCAAAAAGAUAGAAAAACACACAGGAAAAAAUGGCCAGGAAAGAAACUGUAAUCUGUAUAUGCUUAAACAAGGGCUGCCAGAGUUAUGUGUCUCAAAACGGUUGAUUUUGCGGAAUAAUAUGUCAAACAACCUCUGUUGCAUUGCUCAGUCAGGUGAAUUUAAAGAUCAUGCCAGAGAGGAUAUGUCUCUUUAUUUAUUAACAGAACGUACAGUUAUAGUGUGUCAUCCACUUUAUAAGUUGAAAUAUCCAAGUAUUUGUAAGAUGUAAUAGACUCUAUUUGCUCAGUGCAAAUCUUGUAAUCUUAUGAGGACAAUUUAUCCUGAGUCGUUUCGGGAGCGAGGUCCUGGCAUGUGAUCUUAGAAUUUGGGUAAUAAAACAACACAGCGAGUAUGGCGAGUAAGGUCUUUAAAAAUAUAUUUUGAACCUCCUGGUUAGAAGGGUUAAGAAUGACACUUCCUGUUGAUAUCAAGUGUUUGAUAGGAGAGAUUGCUUCUACUUAGGCGCAGGCCAUGUCUGCACGAAUCCGGAUAUUGUUGAAACCGCAUAUAUUUUUACAGCAAUCGACCUUUCAUCCAUAAAAAAACCCAGCGAAUCUGUUCACCGAAAUCGCAUCUUUUUCAAACCGUUCUCCAGAGUGUUAAAGGCCCCAUUCACUUGAAUCCGGGGUAAAAAAAAUUAUGCGGUUUCAAACAUUUCAAGAUUGUUGUAGAUGUGGCCUGAGUGUCUGAUAGUAGCGGUUGUGCCAAGCUGAUUAAGCUGAUCUGCAGUGGUUUGUUUAAUGUUACGCCUUGUUGGGUGUGCUGUGCUUUAAGUGCUUUUGUCUGUGCUGUCUGUUGUAUUCGCACCAUCACUGAAAAUAAUCACAAUGCUUAAAAUGCAAUUUCUUGGAAAUCAUUCACUACUUACGCGCUGUCUUUAUUCCUAACUGAUCUGACUGAAAAAUAAAAAAUGCAUGUAUACCAAGAAACCGAAAAUUAUGUACCAGUAAAUAGGGCUUAAAACUGAGGAUAACCAUUUCUUUGUACUUUGUAAAUUAUUUUUAAAUUUGAAAAGAAAGUGAGAUUUAUAAGUUGGUGAAGGACAUAACAUUUAAUAUGUAAAAUCCACAAUUUUAACAAGUAAGCAUUCUGCACUCACAUCACUUUUAAGGCUCUGCCCAUAGUAAUUUCUGCUUUUGGCUGAAGCUGCUAGGUGAUUGUUUUAGUUUCUGCUUUUUCCCUUUGCCGUGGUUAAAAAAUCUAACUCUUCUAUGGUGCAUUUUUAUUAAAUUUACAACAUUUAAACCAUAAACAGAUUUAACCGCAUGAAUCCACCAGUCUCUCGGGCCACUAGAGCAACGUAUCCUGUUCCCAGUGGACGCCAACCACCCGAGUACCCUCACCAGAGGGGUCAUGCAGCGCCCGUGCAAUUUGGUACUGUCUCCCGUCACAGUGGAAUCUCAGAAGAGCUUGGCCCUGCGGUUUAUGGACAGUACAGAAAGGCAGAUUUUUACCAUGGACAGAAUGUGCAGUACAAUCCAGCCAGUUUGAGGCGCUCAACUGUUAGUGGUGUCAGACCAACCAGCUUGGACGAUAAUCAAGUGCAUAAUGUGCGGCAAAGCAGGGACAAGACGUUAGUGCGUCCCCGAUCUGUCAACCUAUCAACUCAGAAGGAAAGUUGUCACGAUUCCGCAGCUAGUGAAAGUAAAAUGCAGAGCGGAUUAAAAACUGUGCGUCGCCCACGCUCCGUAACCUUUUCGUUGCCAAAUGAAAAUGUUGACAGUUCCACAGCCACUCAGCAAAGAGAUUCAAGAAUGCAGCAGACAGCUGAAGCUCAAGACAGGCAGUCUGUUAGCCCAGCAGAGAAAGGUGGAUAUGAUAGGGCGAGAUACAAAUUAAACCAGUCUCCUAAACAGAACUUUUACAGGGCAAAUACAAUGCAGCAAACGGACACAGGGGACUACAACGGUAGAAAUGCUUCUUACAGAGUAGCAUGCAGUGCUUCAAACCGCCAAAAAGCUGCAGCCAUGUUGCAGAGGAGUGAAUAUGAGGUCAUGCAUCCAAUUAAUAACGACCAAACCAGUAGAACACCACCGGCGUAUUCAGAGGCUGUUGCCAGAUUACAGCAACGAACAGCGUACAGAUCAGAGUAUAGCCAGAACCACUCAACUCAACGAGAUGGCUAUGAAGAGAUGCAACCACUGCAUCUCAGCAAUGCAGCUCCACGCAGCUCUGCUGCAGCAACUCGACAGAAUGCUGAAUAUGGUAAUAUUAGUACUGGGACUCAACAAAAUGGUAUAUACAGUACCGCACCGAGCCAACAGUAUCGCCCUUACAGUACUGUCGCAACUCCUCAAGAGAAUGGUAUAUACAGUCAUAUUGCACCCUCACAGAGUUUACCAUACGGUAGAGCAACCACACAACAAAACCAGCCCCCAUACAGCAUGGCAGCCACCCAACAGAACGGUAUCUGCCUUAAUCCUCUCUACAGCACUGCAGGUGGCCACCAGUGCUCUCCAUACAGCACUGCAGCAGGCCAUCAGAAUCCUCCGUACAGUACUUCAGCAGGCCAUCAGAAUCCUUCCUACAGUACUUCAGCAGGCCAUCAACAUCCCCCCUACAGUACUUCAGCAGGCCAUCAAAAUCCUCCAUACAGUACUUCAGCAGGCCAUCAAAAUCCCCCAUACAGUACUUCAGCAGGCCAUCAGAAUCUUCCGUACAGCACUAAAGCAGGCUAUCAGAAUCCUCCUCGUAGUACUGCAGUUAGUCAUCAGAGCACCCCAUACAGCACCGCACCACCCCAACAGAAUGGUUCACUUAGUCGAACCGCAGUCCAUGAAAGUCCUCCUUACAGCACUGCAACAUCUCUACAUAACGGUGUUUAUAAUCGUGGAACAACUCAGCAGAAUCGCCCAUACUGUACCGCUACAACACAACAGAAUGGAACGUACUAUAAUCCUCAACACAACGCUAAGAACGGUUCCUAUGGUCAUGCGACAAACCAGUUGAAUGGAAUAUAUGAGUGCAUGGAAAGGCAGCAAAAUCCGCCAUACAGCACUGCCUCAGCCAAGCAGAAUGGUUUUCAAAACCAUGUAACAAGUCAGAAAAGUGAAAGCUAUUAUUCUCGGGACGCAGUCCACCAAAAUGGUGUAUUCAAUAAUCCAGAAACCCUGCAAAAUGGCACUCACAGUAAUGGCAUUCAUGAACACCAACUGGACAAUGGAUAUGACGGUUAUGACAGCAGUGAUAGCGAAUUUGAUGACUCGGAAAAUGAUCAUGCUUAUGAUUACGUGAACUUGAAAGAGUGGACUGGUGCCGAGCAUGGAACAACUAAUAGUGCCACUGACCAGGAUGUAUACAUUGAACAAUGUGAUAGGUGAGCUAACACUUUCAUCCAACAAUUCUGAAAAUUUAACUUAAAUAUCUAGUAACUUGACUAUAACCGUGAAAUGUAAAAUAUAUACUGUCUUAUUUGUCAUUUUAAUCCCUGAGUUGCUAAAUUAAACUUUUUUGAGCCCUGUAACAAUAUUAAGCUAAAAUCGACGUACACUGCUGUCUUUGGAUCUAGCUCAACAAAGUCUGCUUAUAAAAUGCAUUUUUAACCGGCCUUUUCUGAAUAAAGAGUUGAACAUGUAAUUCAUGCAGUACGUUAAAACUUAAAAUGUACAUAAUCAUGCUUCUUCUGGCAUAAAUAUGGCACUGUAAGGUGUAUUUGGUUGCGUAAUUCCAGAGCGUAGCGAUAAACGUUAACUUAGAUUGAAUUUUAUUGCAUGUUCAGAUUUUUUCCGAUAAGAAAUUUUAAACUUCUCUGCGGUAACUAUGUUGAUAUGUGGUCUUCGAAACUGUCAAAUCAAUUUAACACUUUCUCUUUAAUAGCCCUCGAGGUGUUUUCGGUAUUCGUGCCUUUUGCAACUCUGAUCUCCAUAAAAGCAUGCAAAAGACUAUCUCGUUUAUUGACCGCGUUGCUUGUUCUCUUAGACGUUGUGUAACCCUCUUUAGGCAUCUAAAUCCUUCCAAGCUACAACGGUUUCUAUAAUCUUUAUUCCUUCUUCAUUUUCCGUCUAACAAUAUGUUUUAACGUUCAGUAAAGUACUGUCAAAACGUUAUGCGAGCAUAAUGUUUCUCUUGAAAAAAAUCUCCAAAAAUUGCAAAGUAGUCAGUAGUAUAGAGAGAAUCGAAUUAUCUCCUUUGUUGAAGUGGAAUCUCAUUACUGUAAAGUCGAAUAAAUAAUCGUAGAUGAUACCAUCAAUAGCGGAGGUUAAGAUGCGAUGAUGUUACGCUAUAUUUUGUUGUGCCCAGUAUAAGCGGUUUGGCGGUUCGAUGCUGUCAUGAGUUUUGAUUGGUUGACUUAAAAUGUGAAAUUGGUUGAGUUAUUUAUAGACGGAAAAAGCGCGCCAACUCGUAUGUCACUUAAAAUCACUGAAUCGUAGCGUAAUUAUCCAUGUUUGAUUUCACGUCACAUUUAUUAUCCGUAGUUCCGGUUGGCUGGCUUGCAAGUUGGGCACAAUAUGAAAUCCAUGAAAAACUCGGCCUUCCUAGCGCAAAACAAAAAGUCUUUGUGUAUUUUUUACCUACCCUCACUCAUUCACACUCGGACUCCACCACCGCCACCACCACUCUGUUUUCCUUGUCUUCCCUCCUCUUCCUCCACCUCGUCUCCCUUUUGCGCCACCACCACUUUACUAUUGUUCCCCUCCUCCACCGGCCACCGCUAUCUCCACGUCUAUAUUUUCUCUUUCUUCUCCUCUUCCCCAUUUUGUGUAGUGUAAAUACAAACGACUGGAAAGAGCAAUAGAUUUGAGAACCAGGAGGCUGCUUUUUAAUCACCUUCGCCGGAAAUCAGUGUCCCGGAACUGUUGACAAUAAUCGCCACAGAAAACAAAACUUGCAUAAUAACGUUAUCGAUCAGUGACGUAAAGUGACAGGAGAGUUGGCGCUUAUUCCUUUUCGUCAAAGUAAAUCAGCACAAAAUGCAUCUCAAAUUUGUUGUAAGCCAAUCAAAGAUCAUGACAUUGACGUUUAAAAAUAGCUACAAUCCUGUCAAGCCGAUUAUUCUAGGCACACCACAGGCGCUUUCCAUUCAACAAAAAUUCCGGUUUGGAAUUUCGGAAAUUCCACGUACCCACUGGAGCGGUACAUUCCGGUUGCACAGUCCCUACCCAAGCCACCGCGCGUUUGGUUAUUGUUCUUGUAAGCAAGAUACAAAAGAGCGGUACUGGGAAGAACAAUUUUGUCAAAUGGAACGGGACAUUUCAGUCCGACCGACCGAAAUGACCAGACCGGUCAAAGUGGAUCUCCUUCAAAGCUGGUUCCGAAUAUUCCGGUCGAACCAAACCGAAAUGGCACGUUCCCUUUGAUGUACCAACCAAAAUUACCGGAGUUUUGGGUUAAAUGGAAAGCGCCCAAAAAAAAUACAAGACGUCGCCCAUCUUUAUUGGAAGCCCUUUUGAUGAUAUCGUUGGCGUUAAUUAUUCUACUUAAAACUAAUGGCAUUCCUCUUCAAAAAAGUGGAUCAUUCGAUCCCUGCUAUACUGCUACAAUCACUUGCAAGCUUCAAUUGAGGCACCGUGCACUAAAUAUUCUGCACUAUGUGUAUGUGAGUUCUUAUGUGAGCAGCUUAUUUAUGUGGCUUUCCUCAGAUUAGUGCUUGGUUUCGAUUUUCGCAGCUUUCGUUCAUCAAAUCUUACAAUAAAGUUCUCAAAUUCAAAAGCUGUAAUGUUUGACCCUUCAAACAAAAGCCAUCCGGGUAACACUUUGGGUAAAGGUUAACGAGGGUGGUUACUUGCUUACCAUUUUACAUCGGCAAACCAUUCGGUUCACGGUUUAGGCAAAUGGUAAGGAAAAUGCAGGACUGAUAAAUUUCAUUCUGGCACAAAUCAUGUUUACCUUUUACCACAAAACGGGUGCGAAAUUUCCACGAAUUUCCAUGAGGAACAUUCUGUUCUGAAAUGUACCUACUUGUAGGGUAUAGAUUACAGUUUCCAAAAAAAACAGUUUGUUUUUUUUUCGAGAUCGACGAAUCCAUGGCAGCACGGUGAAGCCAUUGCUAUUUUUGAAUUGUACCGACUUCAAGCGAUUUUUAUGAGAAGUUUUCGAGCGUUUUUGAAAUUUUGGAUAGCUUUCACGAAAUGAAUCAUUGACAACGCUCUCAGCGUUCAAGAAACAGACAUUUACUCCGUCUUCAGGAACUGAACUUUGGCCUCGAAUUGGUUUUUAGUUGUUUAGAGUAAAAAAAAUCAGGUAAAGAAAUCGCUUCACCCAAUUUCCAGUAAUGUGAACGUAAUCAACAGUUACGCUUUACCUUGUAUUGAAGACAGCUGUGGUAUUGUUUUUGCAGCAUCGAGAGGAUUAACUCCAAGAAGAAGUCACAUUCGAGGCGGCCCCCAGCUCCCGGAAAACCCAAGUUAAAACCAAAGCCCACUCCGUCCCUACCGAGAUGCAAGACGAUUUAUCCUUAUGACGCGACAGAUGUCGACGAAUUGAGUUUUCAACCAGAUGAAAUCAUCGAAAUUAUUAAAGAAGGUAAGAUACCUAAAUCUGCUUCUCCACGUUUUUGCUGCGCAAGUGUUAUUCUCUACAGGUGGCCAACGAGCUGUCUUUGAUUUAAACAUGGUUAAUAACUGCAAUGGUUUUGAAUCCCGUCAGACUUAUUAGUCUCGCUUGGGUAAGCAGCGAGACUCAUGAUCUGCAACGCGUUUUUCGUCGUAUUUAUGACACAAAAGGGGGGGUCUUUGUGCCGGACCUUCCUUGCGGAGACCGUGGAAACUGGGACUAAGAAUCGUUGCGUGAUCGAAGCCACGCAUGUUUUGCGAAGAAAGCUUAGGAAAAAUUAAAUUUAGAGCUUUUCCGAAACGUGUCGGUCCACGAAUUCUAUCGCUUGAAAGCGUUGAUUACUUUGGAACAAGUGAAUACUAGUGAGUAGUGGAAAAGCGAGACUGACGGCCGCUGUAAGAACGUUAUUGUUUGUUAGACCUUUCUGUUGGAGCGAUUUUGCGCUCAGUCCGUGAAAUAGGUAGUGGACUAAACGCACUAUUAUGUGCUAAUUCAGUUCAUUGUCUACUUUUCUUUCUCUAUUUGGCAUUAGUCGUUAUAAAGUAUCUGUUUUACGGGUUAAUUAAAAUCAUUCUAGCUUCUGUGGACUUUUACCGUGCGCAGCCUUCAAUAGUAUUCCUAUCAUUUUUAACUGACCAAUGGAAACGUCUCAUUAAUUUAUGUAGUCGCUGAAUUUUUGAAGGACAAACAAUAAAUUGUGGACGGCCAAGAGCUCCCAACGUUACUUGCGGCACCGUUUUUUUGUUUUGUUUUGUUUUUUUGUUUUUUUUUUUCAUCUUUGACGAUUGUAAACUGUCAUAACCAGUCUUUUCUACUACGAUAAACCGAAAGAAAGCCUAAAGGGAAUUGACUGAAAAUAACUAUAAUGCCACAAUGUGGGUUUUCAUUCUCUCAUAGAUACUUGCGUUUAAAUUGGCCCGUUAGAGGUGGACUCGCUUGUGUAGUACUACAUUGAAGUGUUUUCUGUUACUUUUAUUCACAGAUCCCUCUGGAUGGUGGACGGGCAGACUACGUGGCCGUGAGGGACUGUUUCCCAGUAACUACAUUGAAAAGAUUUAAUAGCGAUUUUAUCCCAUUGUAAAUAAUUACUCCACGAGAUCUUGCACGUAGGCACAGAGAGCAGAGGAGUUAUCUUUGAUCCUUAUUUUCAGUUUAACUCGCGGUUCAACUCUACAAAUGAUAGUGUCCUGCGAUCGUAAACAAAAGCGACUGUGGGCUCUUUUAAAAAACGGUAAAUGCUUUGCAAAUUUAUAACGCCGCUCGAACGGAAACAAGGGGCGCCGUCUUCAAAAACUAGUUCACUUGGAUCACUAAGUGUGGCUUUCUUUUUUCCUCGUGUAAGCAUAUCUUCUCUGCUCCCUGUGUAGUAGGAUGAUCAUAGUAGUACUCAUGUGGCACUUUUUAAACUCGGUGAUGUCGUGUUAAGAGGCAAGGGUGAUCUGAAUGUGUAAAAUGUUUUCAUCAUAGUAUUUUAAUGUCUGAUUUUAGUAAUGUAAUAAAGACGACAGAGUGGUUUAUAUUUUAGUGAAAAGGCAUGUUAGGAAUAGCUAAAGGAAGUGUGGAGUUAGUUGUAGCUUCUCAACUUUUAGUUUCCAAUGAGACUGAGAAAUCUUUACAGUGUGCAUUUAAUUAAUUAGGUCACUUACGAAUCCGUUAUGGGUACACUUACGUGUGUUGCAUGGAACGCACUUAGCACUCUCGUAAGUUACUGUUUUACGUGGUAACUUACGGGCUACUUAAGAGCGCGCGUAACCUUGAUAUAGUACUUUAUUAAUCAUUCACUCUUUUUUUUUAAGCUAACCAUCGGUGAGUGUAAAGAAAGUUAAAAGUCGUCAGUUUCCAAUACUUUUAAGCCUCUCAAAAAAUGAAAUUUGCAUGCAAACGUUAUUUUUCUCCAAUAUCUACUGAAAAUGAUAGUUCUUCUUCUUUUUUCACAAAAGUGUACAUCAGAAGUCAACAAAGCGCAUUAGAACGAAUUACGUGAAGAAAAAUACUUUUUUUCACUUCUCAGUAAAAGAUCUCGUUAAAUUUAGUAAAAACAAUAACGAUACGGGACUUACAUAGGUCCCGUAAAUGUACGUACUAUUUUUCCCGUAAAAAAAGUUUUAUGCAACACCCGCAAUUUCUGUUACAUAAACGACACUUAAGUGAACACUUACGAAAAUCGUAAGUGCAACCACUUAACUGAAUUCCCUAAGAGGACCACUUAAGUGAUUUCAUGCAACUGACUUAAGUUACGAGUGCGCGUACGUGUACCCGUUGUUGUUACGGACGUUUUAUGCAACCGGGCCCAGGUCUUGGCAGUCGACCUUUUUUUGUGUCGUACUUCAAAAUCUCAGCUACGUAACAUCGUAAAUCACGCUUGUAUGCAAGUUGAGAUAAACUUGAUAAAGCACUUUUUAAACUUGCUUGAUUGCAAACUGUGAUGUUUUAUAGUUUUUGACCAUCUAUGCUUCCUUUUGGCCUUUCAAAUUUUACCUGUAAAUUUUAUGUUUAUAAUUAUCACUUUGUUUACAGUCGUAAGGGGCUUUGAUGCCAUUAUUGCAGUCAGUUCUAUGACCGUUCAAAAUAAAACGUUGAAGUUGUCACUCGUUUGUCACCCCGCCGUUUUCACAUAUUUCCUUCGUUGCACUCAGGCCCUGUUCGCACUAAGCAAAAUUUGUGUUUAUUUGGCGUAGUGCUAACAGGGCCUUAAUCAUAAUUUUGGUGAGAAUCAUAAUUUUGGUACAGAACUGAAACGACCGUAAUAACCGGGAUUGAGGCGUCUCUUUUCGAGUAAAGAAAACCUUAGAAGGAACACAAACAAAGAAAGAUUUCUUUUCAAGUGCAACAUUUGCUCGCUCAAAGAAAAAGCAAUCAACGUGGGGACUUAUUUAAUUAUUUGAAUAUUAGUAAUGUAACAAAUUUCAAAUAAAGUAAAAUCUUGGUCUUACAGUC